CUGGAGUCAGUAUCGCUGGACAAAUUUAUUCCUGAGUCACCAGCUACCAAUGAGCCAGGUGACAUGUCUCCCUGCCGUUCACCUUCAACACCGAGGCAUCUCCGCUACCGUCAGGCAGGAGUUACAUCAGGGGAGAACUCUCGCUGCGCCAUGUCACCAGCUUCAGCGUUUGCCAUCGCCACUGCUGCUGCUGGGCAUAGCAGCUCCCAGGGUUUUAGUAAUUCUGAGAAAGCCUGUGACAAAGAAUUCAUCAUCCGCAGAGCUGCUACCAAUAGAGUUCUCAAUGUGCUGCGCCACUGGGUUUCUAAGCACUCCCAGGACUUUGAAAUGAACGGUGAGCUGAAGAUGGGGGUGAUUGGUCUCCUGGAAGAGGUGCUGCGAGAUCCAGAUCUGCUCCCGCAAGAGAGGAAAGCUACAACAAACAUAUUAAGUGCAAUUUCUCAAGAAGAACAAGACGACACUCAGCUAAGGAUAGAGGACAUAUUACAAAUGAAAAGCUGCCCCCUCCUACACUUCAUUGUGGCGGAGAGUCCCAAAGCAGAGUGUUUUGAGUCUCUCUCAGCUAUGGAACUGGCAGAACAGAUCACCCUGCUGGAUCACAUUGUGUUCAGGAGUAUUCCUUAUGAGGAGUUCCUAGGUCAGGGCUGGAUGAAGCUGGACAAAAUGGAGAGGACUCCGUACAUCAUGAAGACCAGCCAGCACUUCAAUGAUAUGAGCAACCUGGUAGCGUCUCAGAUAAUGACCCACACUGAUGUGGGCUCCAGGGCUGGCUCCAUUGAGAAGUGGCUGGCAGUGGCUGACAUCUGUCGCUGCCUCAACAACUACAACGGUGUGCUGGAGAUCACCUCUGCACUUAACCGCAGUGCCAUCUUCAGGCUGAAGAAGACCUGGGCAAAAGUCUGCAAACAGACAAAGGCACUGAUGGACAGGCUGCAGAAGAUUGUGUCAUCAGAGGGGCGGUUCAAGAACCUCAGAGAGACACUGAAAAACUGUAAUCCUCCAUGUGUCCCUUACCUGGGCAUGUACCUCACUGAUCUGGCUUUCAUUGAGGAAGGGACGCCCAACUUUACAGAGGAGGGUCUUGUUAACUUCUCCAAGAUGAGGAUGAUUUCUCAUAUCAUCCGGGAGAUCCGUCAGUUCCAGCAAGCACCCUACAGGAUAGAACACCAGCCAAAGGUGACUCAGUUCCUGCUGGAUAAGACCCUAGUGAUGGAUGAAGAUACUCUCUAUGAACUCUCACUCAAGAUUGAACCCCGAGUACCACCUGGCUAAUUUUACCUUAGAAUAGAUAUAUUGUUUAUAUAUACAUAAUUUCCAGCUCACAGCAACACAAUGUGAUUCAUUCAUUAUACAGCAGGGUUUGUUACAUAACAUGCCACCAGUCAUUGUGCUUAGGAAACUCAGGAGAAAAUGUGCCUUAUUGAAGUGUAUAUUUAUUGAGCAGGCUAUAAAACAGAUACAACUCUUUGCCAUGCAGUGGUACAGUUCUGACUGUAGAGAUAUUAGCUACUCAACGUGAUGUGGCGCUAGAAAGUAACCAGUUGCUGCUAUCAUGCGGAAAAUACAAGAUAUUAUAUAAUACAAAAUAUUCUGCCUAUAAUAUUGUACAUAACCAUUUUCAAAUGAGCUCUACAUUAUUUGCAUGAUGAUGGCCAGAUUAGCUGCUUAGGGGCCUCGGCUGACCCCUGGUUCACCUUCUCUCUGUGCGUUGUGUUCAGAACUGUUAUGGUGUAAUAAGGCCCCAGGUUUGCUCUGUGGGAGUUUCCAAGCAGAUUUAGGGUCUCCACGAGAUGUGUAAAAAAACGAUUGUAGCCAACUCUCUGCUAUGCUGCUCAGUAUGUGAAAACGAUUUAAUUUGGUGACUCACCCUGUUAGGACGUUUAAAGAAGUGCAGCACUUGAGCUGUUUAAUGUUUGAUUUCCCCAUAGCAUUAUCCCUCAUCCACCAAACUUGACAGUUGACAUGGUGCAGUGAGGUAAAUAACAUUCUCCUGGCGUUUGCCAAACCCACACAAAUCUAUCAGGCUGCCAAAUAGAGAAGUGUAAUUUGUCACUCUUUACAACGAUCCAUUCUUUCACAGCUGUUUAUAAAGGCUGAUUUACAUGGCUAGGCACUUGAUUUUAUACAGCUGUGCCAAUGAAACUGAAAACUCCAAAAAUUGAAAGAUUAAGAGGUGUGGCCCAGUGUUUUUACACUUUAACUGUCAUCAUAUCAUGUCUGUUGAAUCAGUUGUGCUUACAUAAGUUUUCUUCAACAUAAAUCAAAUCAACACAAACCAGAUACCACACAGUAAAUCUGGGGUUGUUGGGGUCCCUGUAGCAAGUGAGCUCUGUGUGUGUGUGUGUGUGUGUGUGUGUGUGUGUGUGUGUGUGUGUGUGUGUGUGUGUGUGUGUGUGUGUGCGUGUGCGUGUGUGUGUGUGCGCGCACAUGCGCACGCUGGGUUUCCUAAACAGCUGAAGUUCUUCACAUAUUCUUGCUCGUCUGUGUCACAGGAGACGUCAUCUCACGCUUCAAAUUUUAUAUCUCAUUCUCUGAUAAAAUUAAAGUUGUAUGUUCUCACGCUUUCUCUUGGAUGUUAGAGCAAAAAAAACCUUGUAGAUUAAAUACAUUCCAGAUUUUGAAAUUUGCUCAUUAUAAUUUUUAAGAUAUUGUUAUUCCUCUUGCCCAUCAAAUCCUGUCUUUUGAGUUUUUUAAUGUUCAUGAUUUUGUACACAAAACUUUCUGAUCUUCACUUUUUGAGAGUUGGUCUAAAAGGGUUCUUUCAUAAUACAAAAGCGCAGUUAAAGAAAUACGGCGCCAUUCUUAAUAGUUCCCCUCCCAUUUUUCAUAUUCGUAUAUCAAAUUCUAUUGACUGUAUUAGUGAAUUAGUAAGAUCUUUGCACUAUUAAUUUAUAAAAACUUUCAUUAGACUGUAAACUUGUUUAUAGCAUGAAUAUAGCAUGAUUUCCCCAUCCUUUAAAUGAUUUCUGUAGGGUUUUUGUUGUUUUGCUUAUUUUGCCCCAUUUCAAAGGUGAAGAAUCUACUUUGUUACACUGCUACACUUUGAAAUGACAGUUUUGCUGAUGUAUUUUUCCAUGCAUUACUCUGUGUAAUGUACAGAUAUUUACAUAUUCCAAGCUUGAAAAUAAAAUCAAAAAAGAA